AUGGCUCCAUCAGUACCUCAACCGGGCCCCGCGAGGCUGAAGCGGUCCGCAGGACCAGAUGAAUGGCUUGAUGCUGCAAAGAAUUGCAAAUACCUUUCAGAGCAUCAUAUGAAGCAGCUUUGCGAGAUAGUCAAGGAGUUCAUGAUGGAAGGUCAGUCAGACUCCCCAAACGUGUGCCGGCACACCUUCGCUAAUGGCAGCGCAGAAUCAAAUAUACAACCAGUCUCUACACCAGUAACAAUAUGCGGCGACAUUCACGGCCAAUUCUACGAUCUCCUCGAACUCUUCCGCGUCGCAGGCGGCAUGCCCAAUGAAUCAGCUCCUCAAACACCCAUCACACCUCGAAAAAUCAUCACCUCCGCAGACAUAGAACCUCCUUCCACAAUCACAAACCCAAAAUUAAUGAAGAAGCUGAAACUCGGCGGCGCCUCCCACCCAGACAGCGCAGAGAACAGCGAAGUCAGCGACGCUAUUGAGGUUCCCUCCAGCGUAGUCUCAGAUCCCGACCGAGUCGAAGACUCAAAUAACGAAGACACCGAGAUCCAUCCCCGAAACGGCAAUUUCAUUUUCCUAGGCGACUACGUCGACCGUGGCUACUUCUCCCUCGAAACCCUGACCCUCCUCCUCUGCCUCAAAGCGAAAUACCCCGACCGCGUCACUCUCGUCCGCGGCAACCAUGAGUCCCGCCAAAUCACCCAAGUCUACGGCUUCUACGAGGAAUGUGUUCAAAAAUACGGAAACACCUCGGUUUGGAAAGCCUGUUGUCAAGUCUUCGACUUCAUGACCCUGGGCGCCAUCGUCGACGGCAAAGUUCUCUGCGUCCAUGGCGGAUUAAGCCCGGAAAUAAGAACAUUAGACCAAGUUCGCGUUGUGGCCCGCGCGCAAGAAAUCCCUCACGAAGGCGCCUUCUGCGAUCUCGUGUGGUCAGACCCCGAAGAUGUCGAGACAUGGGCUGUCAGCCCCAGGGGUGCAGGCUGGCUGUUUGGCGAUAAAGUUGCGACCGAGUUCUGCCAUGUCAACAACCUGUCCCUGAUCGCUAGGGCACAUCAGCUCGUGAACGAAGGGUACAAAUACCAUUUCCAAAACAAAGACGUGGUGACGGUGUGGUCAGCGCCGAAUUACUGUUAUCGAUGCGGCAAUAUGGCGAGUGUGUGCGAGGUGGGCGAGGAUAUGAAGCCGAACUUCAAGCUGUUUAGUGCCGUCAAGGAUGAAUUGAGGUGUGUGCCAGCCAGCAGGCCAGGGAGGAAUGAGUAUUUCCUGUAA